GGCGACUGGCAACAUGGAGCGCGACAUGGUCUUUCUCCCACGCACUCGCGAUGAGCACGCUACCCGCACUGGCGCCCUUCUCCACGAGAUGCACGAGCUGAUGGAGGAGACUCCAAUCUACACCGCCGUCUCCAUGAUCGUCCAGCAGCUCGGCGGAUGGCCAAUGUACCUGAUCCAGAACCUGACCGGCCACAACAACCACGAGAAGCAGCCUGAGGGCAAGGGUGUCGGCAAAAAGAAUGGCAACGGCAGCGUCAACCACUUCUUGCCAAGCAGCCCUCUCUACGAGAAGAAGGACGAGCACCUCAUCCUCCUCUCCGACUUGGGUCUUGCCAUUACCGCUUCCGUCUUGACCUACGUCGGCAAGACCUACGGCUUCACCAACCUCCUCGUCUGGUACAUCCUCCCAUACCUCUGGGUGAACCACUGGCUCGUGGCCAUCACCUACCUCCAGCACACCGAUCCUUCUCUCCCUCACUACACUGGUGACGCCUGGAACUUCGCCCGCGGUGCCGCCGCGACCAUCGACCGCGAAUUCGGCUUCAUCGGCCGCAACCUCCUCCACGGUAUCGUCGAGACCCACGUUCUCCACCACUACGUCUCUACCAUCCCCUUCUACCACGCCGACGAGGCGACCGAGGCCAUCAAGCCAAUCAUGGGCCAGCACUACCGCGCCGAUGUCGAGGGCGGCUCGAUCGGAUUCUUGAAGGCAAUGUGGAAGUCCGCUCGUUGGUGCCAGUGGGUCGAGCCUCUGCCUGGUACCACUGGCGAGGAAUCCAAGGUGCUGUUCUUCAGGAACAGGAACGGUCUUGGUGUGCCGCCGGCGAAGCUCUCUCCCAAGGCCGGCAAGAGGGCCAUGGUUGAGGAUGAUUCCGAAUAGACUCCGAAUAGAUUAGAACAUCGAAAGAGAUGGACAUGGAAAUGAAUGGGUGGUUUUGAAAGUGUCUUUAGCCGGCUUUAUUUAGGGGUUUAAGGUGGCGUUUUCCGACGAGGUGGUAUGUCGAGGCAGAUGACGCUUAGAAGCAAGUUAUUGUAUACAUCUUGUUCGUCAAGA